CCUGUUUCCGGCGCUUUGUGCUGCCCAUAUGUCAAAGUCUUUGUGCUUUUCAAGACAGAGAGGCGACAGAAGGGAAAAAAACAGCUGGAUCCAACGACCAUCCAGCUAGCGUUACCACUAGCAGCAACCAGCUCCUCAAGCCUGCUAACCCCCCUCGGCUGCCUGACUUCCAAAAGCUGGUUGUGAGGCUGAUGAUGUGGUGUGAAGAUGGAGGCUCCUGAAUACCUCGACCUGGAUGAGAUCGACUUCUCUGAUGAUUCAGUGUAUUCUGUCACGUCUCUGAAGAGCAUCCCUGAGCUGUCCAGGAGAAGCGAUGGUCAGGCAGAGGAGAGGCCAGCUCCAGCCAUCAAUUGGAGCCGCGGUGUGUCCUCCCACAGCGGUGGGGGAAUCAAACCCACAGGGAUUGCUGAGGUUCACAGUAAGUUCCGGCCGGUGAAGAGGGUCUCACCUCUUAAGCACCAACCAGAAACCACUGACGCAGAGACCGAUGGUAAAGUCCAAGGUCAGGGGCUGGUUCUGGGGGAGCCAGCUGAGAGUAGUAAGGAUGACCCUGAUAAACAGACUAAUGCCUCCUCUGACGGGCAGGGAGGAAAGGCUAAGAGCCUGGGCAGCAGUGUUGGUGUUGUUGGAGGGAGCAACAACCCCCAGGCUUUGUUUGGGGAAUUGGAGCACUAUGACCUGGACAUGGAUGAGAUCCUGGAUGUGCCUUAUAUCAAGUCCAGUCAGCAGAUGUCCACGCUGCCCCGUGUUCCCCACGACAAGCGGUCAGUGACGGGGAGCAACAUGGGUGGAGGCACGCUGGAGAGGAACCGGGGAGGAGGGCUGAAGAACUCCGCUUUAACCCACAAUGAGCCUCUGAGCCUGGGCAGCAGUAGUAGCUCACAGACGCAGUAUUGCGUUCUGUCACCAGUGAAGUGGUCUGACCUGAGGAAGUCCAAAUCAAUGGAUCCAGACCUCCACCACCUCCACCGAUCCCCAGGUGGAGGAGGAGGUUACCAGCCAGAGAUGUCUUCUGGCCUCCUUAGCUGCUCCUCCUCUCUCUCUUCUUUCUCUGAUGCAGACAAACUGCUGUCUGCGCGGGUCUAUCCAGACUCUCAGAGCCAGAGAGCAGGUGUGGACCCUCCAGGGGGCCCGAGCCUAAUGUUCCCUCUGCCAGGGUGCAGCGUGAGCAGGCAGGACAGCUCCAAAUCCUGGGCUCCUGCAUCAGGAGGAGUGGGAGGUGGGUCAAGGGGGUUUGGAGGGAGUGGCGGAGCAGGAGGGGAAGUAGACGAGGAAACCAAGAAGAACCAGAACAUCAUUAACAUCGUUAGAGAAGGACAGAUCUCAUUGCUGCCUCACCUGGCAGCUGAUAAUCUGGAGCUAAUCAGAGACGAGGAUGGAAACAACCUGCUCCACAUCUCAGCCUCUCAGGGCCAUGCCGACUGUCUGCAGCAUCUCACAUCUUUGAUGGGGGAGGAUUGUCUCAAUGAGCGCAACAACCAGCAGCUCACCCCCGCUGGUCUGGGGGUCAAGAACGGUCAUCUGGAGUGCGUGAGGUGGAUGGUAAGUGAGACAGAGGCCAUUGCUGAGCUGAGCUGCACCAGAGAACAUCCCAGUUUGAUCCACUACGCGGCCCGAUAUGGACAGGAGAAGGUGUUGCUGUGGUUGCUUCAGUUCAUGCAGGAACAGGCUAUCUCUCUGGAUGAAGUCGACCAGAACGGAAACACUGCAGUCCACAUAGCAGCUCAGUAUGGUCACCUCAGCUGUAUACAGACUCUGGUGGAGUACGGCUCCAAUGUGACAUUCCAGAACCAGCAGGGGGAGCGGCCUUCCCAGAGUGCCGAGCGGCAGGGACACACCACUUGCGCGCGCUACCUGGUUGUAGUGGAAACCUGCAUGUCGCUGGCCUCACAGGUUGUUAAGCUCACCAAGCAGCUCAAUGAACAGGCGUCAGAGAGAAUGGCUUUACAGAAACAGCUGCAGAGACUGAUGGAGCCCAACAAGGCAGAGGGGACACCGUCUAGAUCACCCAGCUCCCAUCAACCCUCUGUGGAGGCGUGGCAAGAGAUGAUGUUGACUGCUGAGGGGACUCCUGGGGACGGUCACUGGUUGGUUCGUCAGGGUGGGGUGGGUCCAGACUCCGUGCUGCGGCAGCUCCUGGGGAAGGACAUGUCUGAGACACUCUGUCCUAGAGAGAGACUGCCUCCUGCGGGUGGUCUGAGCAGAGAAGGCCCUGGGGCUCCUGGGGGCCGCAGAAUUGGGCUGGUGGAGAGGAGAGAGCUCAAACUAGCAAGACUCAAACAGAUCAUGCAGCGUUCCUUAAGCGAAUCUGAUUCAGAUGGUUAUCCACCAGAAGAGGGCAAGAAUCAGGGAGCUCCACCCUCAAACACACUACGACCUGAUAGGCCAUCCCACUUGCCAAUCACAGAGGAGGAGCCGGUGUCAAACCACCUCCAACUAAUGAUGAAAAAGCACCUCCCCUCAUCAUCAUCUUCCACAGUUGAGAGGAAGCUGGCAUUUUCUCUCAGUGGAUCAAAGUCAGUAGAUAGCAUUGGCUACAACCCGUCCCCCACCUCCAGUGACCCUGAGGCCACAGAUGGCAAAACCCCAGACAUUCCAGGGGACCAGGAUGCCACCAACGGCCAGAAAGUCGCAACCAGCCCCAAGAGUGCUCUGAAGUCUCCCUCGUCUCGCAGGAAGACCUCCCAGAACCUCAAACUGAGGGUUACAUUCGAUGAGCAGGUGCACAAGAGCUCCAGUCAGGAGGGAGAGCCAACAAAAGUGCAUCAAGGGAAGGAGAGGACUCCAACAGGAAGUUCUGAAAGCAAGCGGCCUUUCGGGACGUUCCGCUCCAUCAUGGAGACACUGAGCGGAAACUCAAACCAUAAUAACAACAACAGUGGUGGUCAGUCGGGUUCUGCGGUUAAAGUGUCCACCAUGCAGAACUCAUCUGGCAGGAAGUCGGAGAGUAAAAGCAGCCCAGGAGGCGGAGCCAAGGGCAAGAGCAAAACUAGUAACGUUUAACCAGCGAGUGCCUACUGAAGGGCAGAAUGAACAUAAUAAACAGAAAGCAAUCAAGAGCAAACAGUACGAGACAGAACAUGAGAAACUUAAAUUAAUUUACAUAAUCUGUGUGAGUCAUUACAGAAAACUGACCACAAAUAGUGACACGGGACAUAAAAAUGCUUCUUGAUAGCCAGACCUUACAUGUUCCAGUGGUAAUGUCUUAAGAGCUCCCUGAAAAGCCUUCAGUUGAUCCCAAGUGAUCACCACGCAACAGUAAGAGGAUUAAGGGGACUAAAAAGAGAGAGCAUAUUUCUCCCAAAUUAGCUCAACUUCAUGGGCUCCCUGUUAAAUCCAGAAUGUAUUUUUUAACUCUUCAUCCUUACAUAGAAAGCCCAGAAUGAUCAGGUGCCAUCAUACCUUAAAGACCUCGUAGUAAAAGUUUUGUAGAAUGAGAGCUGAAGAAUUCAGCUAUCGGGCUAAAGAAUUAGCUCCCAGUUUGGAUUCAGGAGACAGACACCCUGAACUGAACUGUCCACUUCUAAAAUUUUCUUUGUAAUAAAGCUUUUACUUAUGGUUGGAUGAGGUGACCCUCCUUUUAUGCUGCUAUAGGUUCAGGCUGCACUUCCCAUGAUGCACUGAGCUCUUCUACUUCUCUCUCUUUGUUGUUUGUAGUCUCUGUGUCCAUCUUUUUUCUCUUCCCUUUUGCUCCACCCUCCACCCAGUCACACUAAAUGCAGCCCAACCCUAAUCCUGGUUCAGCUGGAGGUCUCUUCCUGUUAAAAAGGAGUUCAUUCUCCCUGUUGUCACCAAGUACUCCUUAUAGGUGAUUGUUGCAGUUCUCUCUCUAAUAAUGUAGUAUGUAACUUACAAUAAAAAGCGCCUUUAGAUGACGGUUGUUUUGAACAGACACUGUAUAAAGAUAUAAGCAACUUAUAAAAACAACAACUAGCUAGAGUGUAACUGAAGUUUCUCGUGUUCAUUGUCUCAGAUGUUUGGCUUUUGAUUGGUUUCUUUAGGGACUAAAACAAACUGUUUCAUGUCUUAAGUUCUCUGAAGGAUUUGUUUUAUUUGAUGGGCUGAUGAUGAUGAUGAUGCUGUGGUAGCUGAUGUCCUACGGAAACCUCACGUCUCCAUAUUUCAGCUUUUCAUGCAUUUUUACUUUUUUUGUUUGUUUUGUUUUAUUUGUUGACACUUUUUGUGCAACAAUUUUCUAAAUGGAGAUUUGUAGUUCCUGUUUCUCUGCCGCUGUUACUGUGCUCUGAUCAACACUAAAGAUGAACUUAUGAAUAUUAGUAUUUAUGUUUACACACAGUUAUAUGAUUAAAAUUUUUUAUGUGGUUAUAAUCAUGCACAUUUCUAACGUGCAGCAGCACAACAACCAAGUUUUAAAAACCACUGUAUAUAUUAGUAUUUAAUUAUGUGUUUUUGUUUUGUUUUUUUACAUUAUAUUCAACUUUUUAAUUUUUGGCAUGAAGUAGAAAUUAGUAGUUUGAUGUGUUUUUGAGACUGGGAGGUUUAAAGAUGCACCUUCUACAGCAGCUGAUAAACUGGCUGACCGUAUGAACGAUGAAGUGGGAAAAGAAAACGUUUAAGCUUUUUCCUUCUUUGUGUUUUUUUUUUUUUUUUUUACAUCUUUUGUGAGAUUGAAGUUUUCAAGCUUUGAGAAAGUUUGUAAACACGAAGACUGAGGCUGUAAUCUGAUACUGCUAUCCAUUUUUUUUUUAUGUCAACACUGCAACAUUUUCUGGUUCAGUGUUUAAAAUGGGAGACUUUAUUUAGCCACAUUUCCUCCUAAAUUUAUCAGAACUCUUACUUAUAUGUCUAACCUUUUCAAGUUUCCACCACACUCUGGAAAUACUUGGAAAAUACAAGCCGGUCAUUUAUAAAAUCAUUGACUUACUAUUAGCAGACCCGCAUUGUCGGGUUAAUAUUUAAAAAAAUCUAAAACAUAACAAUAUAUAGAUUAAAAAGUGAGCGUAUAGUCGAACAAUCAACAACACUCAGGACUGUAACCCCGCCUUAAAAGAUUAAGCCCUGCCCACUUCUGCUUCCACCUCGCCAUACACGCGCCUGCAGAACACACUGUAGACCGGGGUGGGCAAUUCCAGGCCCCGAGGGCCGGUGUCCCUGCAGGUUUUAGAUCUCACCUUGGGUCAACACACCUGAAUCACAUGAUUAGUUCGUUACC